CCACCACCCCCCAAAGGAAGCUGAAAGCCCAAGCCCUCCUCCUUCUCGCAAAAUUUACAAUCUCUCACCCUUCGACCGCCUCAAUUUCUCUCUACAAUCUCUGUAUCUCUCACACUCCAACACUCUCUCUCCUUGGCUCGCUGGAAUUGUGAAUGCAGAGCCCUGCCGUCCGAUGACCUAGUUCUCCGGCGUCGGAGCAUCCACUGGCCGUCAACAACGGGCGACCAUUCCAAUUCCGACCUCUGGGACUUUUAUAGGGUUUUCGUAGCUGCUUUUGCGAUUCGAUUACGACGAUUCAAUUAGGGUUUUUCCUUUUGCUUCUAAGAUUGCGGCGUCCACGCCAUGGCUCCGGGGCGUAGACGCGGAGCGAGCAAGGCCAAGGAUAAGAGCAAGUUGAGUCUCGGCGAUCUUGUCCUUGCUAAGGUCAAGGGCUUCCCCUAUUGGCCCGCCAAGAUUAGCAGGCCUGAAGAUUGGAAGAAGGUCCCUGAUCCAAAGAAAUAUUUUGUCCAAUUUUUUGGAACGGAAGAGAUAUCACAGAAAGGUGAAAUUGACAAUUUUUUUGCAACGGAAGAGAUAGCUUUUGUUGCCCCUGCAGAUAUUCAGGCAUUCACUAGUGAGGCAAAAAACAAAUUAUUAGGUCGUUGUCAUGCUAAAACAAAGUAUUUUUCCCAAGCUGUGAAGGACAUAUGUCAGGCAUUUGACGAGUUACACAAAAAGAGGUCAAAUGAUUUGAGGGAUGAUACUGAUAGAUCAGACACCGGAUGUGAGGCUCCAUCUGGUGAUGGCAUAGAAGAUAAUGGGAUUGAUGUUGACUUAAAGGAUGGGGAGGGUGUACGGGAUUCCAAUGGACAAACAGACAAGGAAGAAGGCAUAGGUGAUAUUGGCCCUAAGCUGGAAUGCUGUUCACAGGCACGAGGUGAAAAUGAUGAUGACGAUGUAAACCCAUCUACCUCAUGUGGAGCAAAUGAGAGUUCUCAAGUUUUUUCUCCUGAGAGAAAAAAUAAAAUGGCUGCAGUUCCACCGCCUAAAAAAGAGGCAUUAAAGAAAUCUAAUCCAGAGAAUUCUUCUCAUCCCAAGGAAGAAGUUUCUGGUAGUAAGCGUGAAGAAGAUGAUCGCACAAAGAAACGCAGUGAUGGUCGGAGGUCUGUAGCAAAUGGCCACAAGAUGACGAAGAUGGUUACUGGAUCAAGGAGGAAGCAUGGUGGCACAGUUGAGGAACAAAAAAAUCGUUAUGCUGUUACAUCGUUGAAGGAUGAUAACUCAAUUGGUCGUGUUGAUCACCAACAAUCUGGUGAUCGAUUAAAAGAUGGAACAAAAGGCAAACUUGGCUCUGGUGGCAGGAAGAGGGAGUUCUCCCCAGAUGCUCUAAAAUCAGAUACUAGUGGUAAGGUUGGGAAAAAGACAAAAGACCUGGUUAAAGCCAACAAGCAAGUCAAGUUGCCAGAUAAUGUGAUAGAUGAUUCUGAGGAGCAGGCCAAAGACAAACAUUCAGGAAGGACAAAGGGGGUUCAACCAGGGCUUGGAAAGCCUAAUUUGGGAACAAAUGAUCCUUCACGUUGUUCCAAAAAGUCAAAACAUGUAGAUGCUGGGGAUAGUGCUUCAAAGGGUUCGGUCUCUAAAGCUACGAAGAGUCUAUCUCCUAGUUCUGAUGUUGAUGACAAGACAUUAAAAAUAAUGGAUUCAAAUUUGUCAACUUCACAUGUGAAAAGAGAGAACCAUCUAGUUUCCAUGUCCAAAAAUGUUGGUGGUGGACCCAACGGUCCUGGUGAUGAAGCCGCGCUACCCCUAACAAAGAGUCGCUGUCGAGCAUUGGAGGCUAUGCCUGAUUCUGAUACUUUGGUUAGUGACGAUAAGAAGGAAGAGGAUCCCGCUCUGAAGAAUGAUAUAUCAUGCUCUACUGACGUUAGAGUUCCUACACAGAGGAAGCGGAGAGCUGUGUGCCUCUAUGAUGAGGAGGAGGAGGAGGAAAAACCCAAAACACCAGUUCAUGGAGGAUCUUCCCGAAAUUUUAAAGCGUCUUCAUAUUCUGCAGACGCUGUAAAGAGCAAUAAUGAAAACCAUGAGAGGUCAAAUACUGCUCAACAGAGUACCAAAUGUCCUACUGAAUUUCAGAUGAGCUGCACAAAGGAAUCAUCUUCCCAGUUAUAUGAUGGUUUUCCAUCACCUAGAAAACCUCGCGAUGAGGAGAGGCCGGAAAAGAAACCUCAAAUUGAGAAAAAGAGUCUUGAAAAGGUGGUGCAUGUGUAUCACAGUCCAAAAAAAUCAGAACCUGGGCAUUUGCUGUCCAAGGAGGAAAAACCAACCUUGAUUUCUCCUAAGAAGUCUCCCCAGUUGGUUUCAACCACUAAACCAGUUGUGGAACAGCAGAAACCCACAAAAUCUCUGGUUAAAAUCUCUAGUACUGGUACUCAAAAGAAGGCUCAGGCUGUGUCUAGCAAGGGUUCAGGUUUAUUGUCUAACAGUUCGGUUUCUUCUCAUAACCAGGCAAGAAACAAGUCUGCACCUUCUGGAGAAAAGUCUAAACCUACUCCACGAUCAUUCCCUCAGAUCAGCGACUCUGCUAUUUUAACAGAAAAUGAAGCCGAGUACAUUUCAUUAUCUGGUGAAAGAAUGGAAGUUGGCAGAGACGAUAAAAUUGGCAUAUCCAUGGAUUCUAGAACUCCGGAAUCAUCUCAGUCUAUGAGGCAUCUUAUUGCAGUUGCACAAGCCAAAAGGAAACAAGCUCAGUCACAAAAUUUUUUCCUUGGAUUUUCCAGUUCCACUCUUGUGUCUAACUCAGAUAUGCAAGGGAGGAGCCCCAGCCCUUCUGCAGUUCAGGGUUUUUUGUCCAUUUCUAGCACUGCAUUGCAGGCAGAUAUCUCGGGGUCCAAUCAACUCACAAAUGUAGCUUCCCCGGUUACUCAUGGUCGACAAUAUGUAUCACAAAUUCAACUUGAUUUGGAGGAAAUCUCAGAAAGAAGAGUUAGCUCUGGGCAUCGAACUGCUGGAGGAUCACUUAGUGGUGGUACCGAGGCAGCUGUUGCUCGUGAUGCUUUUGAGGGAAUGAUAGAGACUUUGUCUAGGACUAAAGAAAGUAUUAGUCGUGCAACUCGUCUUGCCAUUGAUUGUGCCAAGUAUGGUAUUGCCAAUGAGGUUGUGGAACUACUAAUCCGGAAGUUGGAGAGUGAGCCUAGUUUCCAUCGUAAGGUCGAUCUUUUCUUUCUUGUGGAUUCCAUCACACAAAUCUCGCAUAAUCAAAAAGGCAUUGCGGGAGCUUCAUAUGUUCCAACGGUUCAAGCAGCAUUGCCACGUCUUCUCGGUGCUGCCGCUCCACCUGGUUCUGGUGCUCGUGAUAAUCGUCGUCAAUGUCUUAAGGUUUUACGGCUGUGGAUUGAGAGAAAAAUCUUUCCUGAGUCUGUUCUUCGUCGUUACAUGGAUGACAUUGGAGUUUCAAACGAUGAUUCAAUUGCUGGUUUCUCCUUUAGACGUCCAUCUCGAGCUGAGCGUGCUAUAGAUGACCCAAUCAGAGAAAUGGAAGGAAUGUUUGUGGAUGAGUAUGGCAGUAACGCUACAUUUCAGCUGCCUGGAUUUUUGUCCUCUCAUGCAUUUGAAGAUGAUGAAGAAGAAGAAGAACUUCCUAGCUGUUCAUAUAAGGAGGCUAGCCAUUCCUCACCAAUGGAAACUAUUUAUGCUUCUGGGGAGUCAGAAACAUGUGCGGUGACUCCUAAUGAUAGGCCAGAAACAUGUGCGGUGACGCCUAAUGAUAGGCGACACUGUAUCUUGGAGGAUGUAGAUGGUGAACUUGAAAUGGAGGAUGUGUCUGGACACCCAAAGGAUGAAAGACCCUUGUUCAGUAAUGGUUCUUUUGAAUUGGAUCCACAACAGCAGGGAUCAGAUAGGGUCAUGGAACCGGCUUCAAUUGCUUGCACUGAUUUGCCCCCUGUUCCAGAGGGUUCUCCACCAUUGCCUCUUGAUUCUCCUCCUGCAACCCCACCUUUGCCUCCCUCACCCCCACCCCCACCACCUCCACUUCUGUUAUCUCCUUCCCCACCACCACCGCCACCGCCUCUACCAUUACAGCCACCUCCUCCCCUACCGUCUUCUGGUCAUCAACCAUUAUUGAUUCCUCAGUCAUCUGUGCCAACUCAGGCUUCUUUGCUAUCCCAACAGAUGCUGCCUCUGCAAUCAUCAAUGCAUCCUUCACCGCUGGUGGCAUAUCAACCUCCUAUGCCUCAUGAAUACUGCAGCACGAGUGGUAACCAGCAUGUCCAAAUUGCUGGAAAUGCUCCUCAUGUUGGCCCUAUUGAUGCGACUGCCAAGAGCGAGAUGUUUCCGCAGCAGCAAGCUUGCUUUGUUCCUGCAGGAGUAUGUGGUCCUCGAGAACCUUCUGGAUUUAAUUCAACUAGGCCGCUAGAACAUGGACAUAAUGACAUGUUUCAAAGUGCACAAGUCUCUCAAGCAAGCCAACAAUUUCAACAAGUUAUUACACCUUUUCCUCAAAGGCCUUUACCUCCUGCCCCACCACAAAAUCCCUCAAGUCAUUUCUCCUAUACUAAGCAACAUCCUCAUCAACAUCCUCAACAACCAUACCACGGUCCAUACUCUUUGCCUCCCCCACCUGAUAAUCAAAGACGAUUCGUUGCCGAUGAACAACGAGGCGUUUGGAUGAAUGGAGGAAGACCCCCACAUCCGGGACCACCAUUUGGCCAUGAAGGUUAUUUUCGGCCACCGCCUGAUAGGCCGCAACCUAAUAAUAUGGCUUUUCAGCGUUCUGCCCCCAAUAAUGUUCCAACUGGAGCUCCAAUAUCAGGUCAUAGUGCUGCCCAGAUCUUGCCAUGUAGACCAGACAUAACUGCUGUUAAUUGUUGGAGACCAGCUUAGUAGUGAAACUUAUCCCUACAUAACUAUUCUUGUUUCGGCGAAGAUUAAAACAGAAGUAGCAACCACGUUUUUGGGGCUGUUUCUAUCUGGUCUCUCACAGAGGAAAAGGAAUCCGACUCCGUAGCAUAUGCACUGCUGUAAAACAUUCAGGUAAAUAUUUGACAUGGAUUUUUGGACCAAGAAAAGGCUCAUCAUAAUUAUUUGUUAGUUGAGUACAGUUUUGAUGCAACAGUAUCUGUUGCAAUGUAAAGAAAGGUAGUUCGUACAGAUGCCUAUUAACUGUUAAAAAGUUUUAUUCCUCAGUUUUUAUACAUUGCUUUGUACCCA